GGUGGCCCCUUAGCAGCAGGCCCAGGAAGGGUCAAUGCGGACGCCCCCCGUGCCAUAGCCCUGGGCAGAUGCAGGAUCCUGUGGUUAGCCUGGCUCUGUGGCUGCUGGCUGGGAAGGGAGGGCAGCUGGAUGGCAGCAGGCUGGUGGGUGACCCCGCUGGCAUUUCCACGUGCCCAGGGGGAGACCAAUUUAGACCUGGAAGCCAGCCCAAGGUGGGAUUUUGGGCAGGUCAAGCUCCAAGCCCACGGCCCGGAUACAUGUUAUUCUGUUUGUGUUCCCAGCCCCACUGAGCCCCGAUCUCUGCUCUGCCGCCUGGUCCAGCCCCAUGGGGAGACGUCGUUCUCCAGGGUCUCAAAAGGAGUAUGACUGACUUUCCUUCCUUCCCACAGCCAGCGCCGUCACCCCAGUGAGUCUGGCAGAGAUGGACCCUGCAGAGAUCCCCAUCCAGACAGAGCUGGUGGAGCUGGUGCCCAAUGGGAAAUAUGCUGUGAAUGCCUCGGCCAUCCCCUUGGUGGGGAAUACCAGGUUUGAAGAGCCCCAGCCCACUGUGGCGGAGAUGGAGGAGUUCCUGCCCCAGGGCCCUGACAAGAAGCAGACCCACUUCACAGAUUUCGAAGGGAAGACCUCCUUUGGCAUGUCCGUGUUCAACCUCAGCAAUGCCAUCAUGGGCAGCGGCAUCCUGGGGCUGGCCUACGCCAUGGCCAACACCGGCAUCCUCCUCUUCCUCUUCCUCCUGACCACAGUGGCCUUGCUGUCCAGCUACUCCAUCCACCUGCUGCUGAAGUCCUCUGGGAUUGUGGGGAUCCGUGCCUAUGAGCAGCUGGGCUACCGGGCCUUUGGCACACCGGGGAAGCUGGCCGCGGCCAUCGCCAUCACGCUGCAGAACAUUGGAGCCAUGUCCAGCUACCUGUACAUCGUGAAGUCUGAGGUGCCACUGGUGAUCCAGACCUUCCUCAACCUGGAGGAAAAGAGCACGGACUGGUACCUGAACGGGAACUACCUGGUGAUCCUCAUCUCCCUUACCAUCAUCCUGCCCCUGGCCCUGAUGAAGCAGCUCGGCUACCUGGGUUACACCAGCGGGUUCUCCCUCAGCUGCAUGGUCUUCUUCCUCAUCUCGGUCAUCUACAAGAAGUUCCAGAUCCCCUGCCCCCUCCCUGAGCAGGACAGCAACGGCACAAGCAACCUCAGCGACGCCCAGGGCAGCACCAGCGACUACCAGAACGGCUACCCGGUCCUCCAGCCAGCUGCUGCUGCGGCUGCCUGCUCCGCCAGCCUCUUCACACUCAACUCCCAGACAGCCUACACCAUCCCCAUCAUGGCGUUUGCCUUCGUGUGCCACCCCGAGGUGCUGCCCAUCUACACGGAGCUGAAGGACCCCUCCAAGAAGAAGAUGCAGGGCAUCUCGAACAUCUCCAUUGCUGUCAUGUAUGUCAUGUACUUCCUGGCCGCCCUCUUCGGCUACCUCACAUUCUACGGCCAGGUGGAGUCGGAGCUGCUGCACACCUACAGCUACGUGGACCCCUUCGACGUGCUGAUCCUGUGCGUGCGCGUGGCAGUGCUGAUCGCCGUGACGCUGACUGUGCCCAUCGUCCUCUUCCCAGUGCGCCGCGCCAUCCAGCAGAUGCUCUUUCAAGGCAAGGACUUCAGCUGGGUCCGUCACACAGCGAUCGCUGUGGUCCUGCUGAUCACCAUCAACCUGCUGGUCAUCUUCGCCCCCUCCAUCCUCGGCAUCUUCGGCCUGAUUGGUGCCACAUCAGCCCCCUGCCUCAUCUUCAUCUUCCCAGCCAUCUUCUACAUCCGCAUCGUGCCCAAAGACAAGGAGCCCCCGAAGUCCACCCCCAAGAUCCUGGCUGCCGGCUUCGCGGGCCUUGGCGUGCUCUUCAUGGUCAUGAGUCUCAGCUUCAUCAUCAGCGACUGGGCGAUGGGCGGCGCCAAGAGUGGGGGCAGCCACUAGAGGGCAGCAGGAAGCGCCCUCCCGCCCCCACCCCACACCCUGGGAGAUGGGGCUGUCUGAGCCAUGCUCCCCUGCCUCUGUCCUGCUGCUAGUACUGUCCAGCAACCCGGUCCUCAUUGCUGCCGAGCCAGGGACAUGCCUGGGGCCUGCAGCACUACUGGGAUUUCCCCAGUGCAGGCGAGCAAGCCCUUAGCAGCCAAUGAAUGUAGCAUGGGGGGGGGGCGAGCAAUCCCCCAGCUGGGGGGUGGCCAUGGCUGUGGUGGGCCAGUCCGGCAGGGGAGCUUCGAGUGCCAGAAGGAGGAGAAGCAGGUCUAAUGACUGUAGCAUGGGAGUGGGCUCUAUUCCCUGCUCUGCCCUUGUCCAGCUAGGUGAGCUUGCCUCAGUUUUCCCAUCUGUAAAAUGGGGCUGCUACUUCCCUACCUCACUGGGGGGCUGGCUGUGAGACGGAGCAGCUCCAUGCACAUGUGGAGCAGCCAGAAGCCCACAGACAGCGGCUCCAGCGAGGCGGGCAGAGAAUUGUUCCAAGGGGGCAACAAACAGGAAGCGAGUGCUGCCAAGUGGGAAGUGACGCAGACCAAGGGCACGUCCUGUCAGGGAGCAGUUCAGCGACGAAAAAGAAACGAAAUGGGGUGGGGUGUAGUGCUGUCCCGCCCUGUGCCUCUGUUUCUUUUUCCCUGCUGGAGCACAGGGCCGGAUGCCCUUCAGAACCCCCUUUUCUUGAGGGUCCCAUGCUCUGUGCAGUGGCUGCAGAGUUGUGCUAAGCCUGCAGCCAUGAUCUCACACCUGCCGAGGAGGGUGGCAUUUGGGGUGAACUGAGGGGCAGGGACACCCUGCACUAGGGGGAGCAGGGCCUCGGUGUGUCUCACCUUGGCCCAUGUGGGUGGAGGAUUCAAUACCAGCCCUAAUAUGCCCCCCCAGCUGCUAUUGCAAUGGGGGCCUUGCCCACUGCCUGGAGCAGCUCCCUGCCCCACAGCACUGAGAGACACGGCCCAACCGUCCCCUCCCUUCUCAGGAGGGCCCUCCCUGCUGGCUGGCAGACGGUGCCCCCCCUGAGAGUUGGCAGUGUAUGCUGGAAAUUGUGGCCCUGCCAUUGAGCCUGUAUAGAAACUAAACAAUCCCUAAAACUUGAUUUGCUGCUAAUCGAAAUAGUUUAGGAGAAUCUACAUUAAUUUAUAUUGUAUAUGUGUACACACA